AUGGUUAAGGUCUGGAACAUAGCGCUGCGCUUGCUGGUAUUGCUGUUUUUAGCAGGUAACACCCUGCUAUUGAUUCUUAUGAUCAUAUCUGGUGCCACGGAUCACUAUCCCGUGAACAGAUUCUAUUGGGUGCAAGGCAACACGACGGGUAUCCCCAAUGCAGGGGAUGAGACCCGUUGGACUUUCUGGGGUGCCUGUUUACAGGAUAAGGACGGUUCAGACACUUGCACAAACAAUUUGGCCCCUGCCUACCCCAUUUCGCCAGUGGACAACUUCAAUACGCACGUCAAUGUGCCUCAGCAGUUCAUUUCUAAGAGAGAUGCGUUUUACUACCUGACUAGGUUUUCGUUCUGCUUCUUCUGGAUCGCAUUGGCCUUUGUAGGCGUGUCUUUUAUUCUUUACAUUUUGUCAUGGUGUUCUAAGACGAUUUCGAACAUGGUCCUCGUCCUCAUGUCCUUCGGGUUUGUCUUCAACACGGCAGCCGUUGUUCUGCAAACGGCGGCUUCUGCCAUGGCCAAAAACGCCUUCCACGAUGAUCAUCGUAGCGCCCAAUUGGGUGCUUCCAUGAUGGGUAUGGCUUGGGCAAGUGUUUUCUUAAGUAUCGUGGAAUUUAUCCUGCUUGUUAUCUGGUUUGUUAAAGCAAAACUAGCCCCUGCUUACUCGAUCGAUAAUUCGAGAUACAGGACGUCCUCCAAAUGGAACCCCUUUCAUAGAGAAAAGGAGCAGGCCACGGACCCUAUCUUGACCACUACCGCUCCUGAAGACAUCCAACAAAGUGCAAGCAUGGUGGGGCCUUCUUCCAAUGCGAACGUAGUCACUGCCACUGCUGCUACGGAAAAUCAACCCAAAGGUAUCAACUUCUUUACUAUAAGAAAAUCGCACGAGCGUCCAGACGACGUUUCUGUUUAG